GCAGCAUGGGAAGUAGCAGAGCUAAGCAUUCCUGAUUGAUUUUCAUGCAUUAUCUGACUGACUAGAAUUAUUUUUUCAAUAUUGGUCAUUUCUAUAUGCAUGUGCUAUCUGCAGCUGGUUAGGCUACUUUGUGAUUUGACCCGGAAUACUCAGUGUGAGGCCCUAGCUAUACCCACUGUCAACAUGGAUGACGAGCUACCUGCCAUUCAGGAGGAGGUGGAGGAGGAGGUGUCCGUCUUGGACCUGGGCACCCCCCAAUUUGAAAUCCCCUUAUCACCUGCUUCAGAGGAGUUGUGGGACUCAUUCCCCUCAAGCAAGUUCAUCUGUGGUGGCUGUGGUAAGGAGUACACGUCCAUUGCGCGUCUUACCAAGCACAUGCAAGUCCAUGACCCCAGUAGACCCUACGAGUGUGUGUCUUGCGGCUGGCGCUACCUGAAGUAUUUCCAUCUCAGGGCGCACGAGGAGGUGCACAAGAAGGUGAGGAUGAAGCAGCAGAGAACACACAACAACAGACAGCACAACCGUGAACUCCUAAAGUCCCUGCUGCAGCUCCCCUGUGCCACCCUAGUGCCUCCUCCUGUGCCUGUCAUCAACCAGCAGUCUUUGUUACCCACCAUCACUCCAGAGCCGGCCCACCAGCACCAGGCCCACCACGACCAUCCGUACGCCAGCAGGCACAUGGGGGUGGCGAAGAUGCCAGUGGAGAGGAGGAAGACCCAGGAGGUCUCCUGGCUGCUGGAUGUCUCCAGGAAGAUUGCCGCACUCCCAGACCCUCCCUCGCCCAGAAGACAAAAUCUCGAUCUCACUGCAUGCCAUUGCAAUGACUACAAUGGAAGAAAGGAGCCCAGGGUGGUCUGCAGACUUCCUGACGGUUGCAAGAGAGCUGCGUUUGAUAUCGAAGUGGUACUGUAAUCCCGUUUGCCAAGAAGCUCUUGAGGACAUAUAUGGAUCAGAGGUGUGCUCUGUUUUUCCAGCACUUACAAUAAUCUUGCUUCCAGAGUUGUAUAAAGUAGAAGUAGAAGUACUCUUGUCAAUGUAAUUCCAACACCAGUGGUGUGAUAUUACAUGGUUUCCACUUUGUAA